AUAUGGCAUGGACUGAUGAACUUUUUUUGAGUUGAUUUGUCUUCAACUACAUAUUAUGGAUAUGUUACGCACGUUAAAUGUGCAAGAGCAUAACCAUCCUCACAUUCUUCUUUUGCAAAUUGGAAACACCUUUUGCAAGCUUCCUGGUGGCCGUUUGAAGCCUGGAGAAAAUGAAAUUGAAGGCUUGAAAAGGAAAUUGUCAAGCAAACUUGGUGCUAAUUCUCCUUCAUUGCAACCGAAUUGGCAGAUUGGCGAGUGUGUGGCUAUCUGGUGGAGGCCAAACUUUGAAACUAUAAUGUACCCCUAUUUCCCUCCACAUAUCACAAAGCCUAAGGAGUGUAAGAAGCUUUUCCUUGUUCACUUGUCUGAAAGAGAGUACUUCGCAGUACCCAAAAAUUUGAAACUACUGGCCGUUCCCCUGUUUGAGCUCUAUGAUAAUGUUCAGAGUAACACUCUCACUCCCCAUUGCAAUUACUUUAAGUUCGUGAAUGAAGAUGAUGAAGACGUUACGUCCAGAAUCCAUUCCAACACUAGAGCUUGUGAUGCUAUAACAGUAGAAGACUUUAACGAUUUUGCAGCAGCAGCAGUUUGCUUCACAGUCAUAGCAGUAACAUCACUUUCUAACAGCAGUUUGCUUCACAGUUUCAGCUACUAUGACUUCAAUUUGCAGUUUGUUCCACCUCUUUCUGGUUGUCAAUAG